GCACAUGUCGGAUAAACGUUUAUUAUUACGUAAUAUUGCCGUUACGGAAAAUGAACAAAAUUAACAGAUAAAACACUUAAUUGCGAAAUCGGUACCGGAACUAUGUCGUCAGAAGAAGAUAGUGUUGAAAAUUUGUCAUUUUCAGCCAAAUGUAAUGGAAAUAAUGGAAACAAUGAGCAGUUUAGGAAGCAAGUGGAAAUACAAAGGCUUAGAAAUCAAGCACAGGCCUUGCAGAAAGACAUCAAAGAAAAGCUGACAGAUGAACUUGAUACACUUUUUGAACAGUUUAUAAAUGAUGUAGAACAGUACGAACGACUGGAAGAACAAAACCAAAAUUAUGUCUUCAAAAGAUCUAUUUCUACAAGAUGUCAAACUAAUUUAAAAGAUAAAUACAGAAAGAAAAAUGGUGAGCUUCCUGACAAAGUGUUUUUACCAAGGAGAUCAGUUCUCACAGAGUUGUUUGAGAUAAGCCAUAUAAAGACCAUCUACCACAUGUUUGUUGCCAUUCUCAUAGUGUUUUGUCUUAACACAUUUGUCUAUGAUAUUGUUCAUGAAGGAAGAAUAAAUCUAAACUUUGAGAUGAUGCAGUGGGCAUUAGGGAAGAAAUCCAAGGUGAUGGAAUUAUGGGUGAUGAUGCAGUUGAGUACUCUAGUCAUUGUGUAUCCUAUGUUCUAUUACUGGGCCAAUAACAGACCUGUAGGACCAGCAAAAUGGAUAGAUUAUGUUGUUUUGUCUUUCUAUAUGGCAUUUAUGUUAGCAUUUCUUGUAUUACCUGUAAAUUACAUCAUGGAAAAUGCUCUACCUCCUGCGUCAACUGUUAUUAUAGCAUGUGAACAGCUUAGGUUGAUAAUGAAGAUGCAUUCAUUUGUGAGGGAAAAUAUACCAAGAGUUUUAAAUUUUAACAACAAAAAAGAUGAUGACAGUCCAAGUGAAGAGGUCAUGUGUCCUGAUUUCUCAAAAUAUUUAUACUUCCUGUUUGUACCAACCCUCAUAUACAGAGAUGAUUAUCCACGGACAAAAACAAUAAGAUGGAAUUAUGUUGUUACAAACUUUGGUCAGGUGAUUGGAUGUUUGUUCUUUAUCUACUACAUAUUCAUGAGGUUUUGUGUGCCAUAUUUCCACAACUUUAACCAGGAACAUGUUACCCCAGAGUUACUAGUAAUGACUGUGUUUGGUUGUAUGUUACCAGGGACACUAGUUUUAUUUAUAGGAUUUUUUGCCAUCCUUCAUUCCUGGUUUAAUGCCUUUGCAGAGAUGUUAAGAUUUGCAGAUAGAAUGUUCUAUAAGGAUUGGUGGAAUUCAACAUCUUUUUCUAACUACUACAGAACAUGGAAUGUGGUUGUCCAUGAUUGGUUGUAUACAUAUGUCUAUAAAGAUGUGUGUAAGGUUAUAGGAAGAGGGAACAAGCCAGCAGCCAUGGCUUGUGUAUUUAUAUUCUCUGCUAUUUUCCACGAGUAUGUUCUGGUGUUAUGUUUUAACUUCUUUUAUCCUGUACUGCUGUUUAUGUUUGGUGGAGCUGGCUUUGGUUUUAUGUUCCUGACAGAUAAAGGUGUAUCUAGAAGUUGGAAUGUAUUUCUAUGGGUAGCACUAUUUACAGGGACGGGAUUGUUGAUGUGUUUGUAUAGUAUGGAAUGGUAUGCCAGGAUUAACUGUCCAGUUAAUACAGACAACAUCUUUGAUAAACUAAUUCCCAGAUCAUGGACCUGCAAUUUUGAAGCCAUGGAAAAUAAUUUGAAGUCACCAUAGUUAGAUCAACAGUUUUGAUGAACAAUUGAAUUCUAAAACCGAAUAUGAGAUUUUAACUCAGGAUUCUCUCUAUGUCUACAUAAAUAUAUACAAUCAUGGGACCAGUGUUUUUCAUUAGAUCAAGUAUCGUAAUUCUGUUGAACAAAUGUUUAUGCAAUCAUGGUGAAGGUCAAAAUGACCCCUUAUAUUAAAAAGAAACUUGUUAUCUUUUGAUUUAUUAUUUUAGCUGAUACCCAACUUUCUGUGACAUAUGAGGAGUAAAAUCUUUCUAGUUUUCAGCUGCACUCAAAUAGUGCAUGAUAUUUUAUUUUAAAAAUUAAGGAUUAAACAAAAGGAUAUUCUUUUGUGAAAAGUCACAUUGUCUUUUUACUUUUCCAUAUUUGUAAUUAACAUGAAAAAAUAAAAAAAAGAAAACUUUUGUUUUAACCUAAGGUUUGUCAUUUGAAAACUGAAUAGUAUUUGAAAGAAUCUUAGUAGGUACAUUAUGUACAGAAUAGGACCAUUACUUUUCAGAUUUUCAGUUCUUUAUCCAUUGUAAAACAAGAAUCCAGAAGUGAUCCAUUGAUGAUAUGUUUUAUUUUUGUCACUUAAAAAACUUUGACCACUGCCAAAUUCUGUUUGUACUGGCAUUAUAACAUUUAUCAUUCAGUUAAUCAUUACAUGUAUAUUUUUGAGAAUAUCUGUAUGCUCAUGUCUUUGUUUGUGAAUAUGUUUUUAUCUGGGAAUUGUAGAUUUGGUACAAUUAGUGACUGGUUUUUGUCAUUAUUUCUGUAGAUAUUUACUUAUCAGUAUUGUUUACCUUUCAUGGUAAUAGUCAUGUUUUAUGUAAUGUAUAAAUGGUUUACAUUCUAGAUUAAAAGCAAUAGAUAUCGGUAUAAAAUACAGAUAUCUAAUGUAAAUAGUCAGCUAGAGAGAGAUUUAUUUAUGUAUACAGGAUGAAAAUAUAACUGGUUAUAAUGUGACAGUUACCAUGACAACCAUUUAAAGAUGGUACAAUAUUGUAUUGUGUUUUUGAAAUAAAGGGCAUUCCAUUCUCAGGCUGUUCAUUCAUGGUUAAAAUAAUACUGUCAUCCAUACAGUUCUUCAGAAAUUGCCUUUAUAAAUGAUUUUAUUUAAAUGCAGUCACAUUUUGUUAAAGUUUUAUCCUGUGUAUUUGUUGUGUAAAACAGAUAAUGAAUUCCAGUUAUAAAAUACCAUCAAAAUAGUUAACAAUUUAUAUCUCCAAAGAUUUGUAUCAAAAUACCUAGUAUUGUUUUAUUUUAUUUUUGCUUUUCUCUAAUAAACGAGUGCCUCUUGUCAAAGAAAUGACAUUGGAAUGACUAGUUUGAAAUAGUUAUAUAUUAUACUUUUACUAAAAUGUACAUACAUUUAUAAGUAAUUGACUUUUAUGUAUUAUGAUGUUCUUGUUGAUGUAUAUAUAAUCUGUUUUAUGUUUGACUUUUGUCUUCCGUGUGCAAUAAUAUUAUAAUAACCACAAGAGAAUUAUAUUUUUGUAUUUAUGAAAUGAUCUCUUCAUGAAUUUAUAUACCACUUCUUCAUUGUUUCAUUAGAACUUUAAAGGCAAACAAAAAUCUCCAAAAAUUAUACUAAUGGUCUAAUGUCUCAAUAUAGGUCCAAGAACACAAGUAAUUCGUAGUGCAUUUCUUUUAGAACAUAAAUGAAAAUUAAAAAAAUCCCACCUGCGCUUUCUCAAUGAAAUUUUUACAGUGUGUUGUACUUCAGUACUUUUGGGACAAAUUAUAUCAAAAUUAUAGAAAACUUCAUCGCCUCUAACUCAAAAUAUGGACAAUUCUGUGUUUAGGGUGUCUUAAAAUCUUUUGACAGCUUCCAAAGUGCUAAUUUUUAACCUUUUUCAGCUGGACCAAAUCACUACUUUCCUGUAAAAUUCUGGACCCAAAUUUUUUUACAGUGUAAUUUCACCCCCCUACUUACAAUUUGAGGCAUUAAACAUGGAGAAAUAAAUUUGGAAGGGGUAUAAAAAUUAAUGGCAAGUAACCCACUGGUAACACUAGGGACUAUAUUCGUGAACAACGAAAAUCAAGGGACGACAAUUGUGGUCUCGAACCAAUAUACAUUUAUGUAUGUAUAGAUUAUUGGGUUUUCUACACAUUGAUAUAGUAAAAUAUCAACCACAAGCCACAAUGUGAACCUUUUGUCCAGCAACUGAUAUUUUACGAUACCUAUACGAAGAAACCCUGAUUAUCUGUUUAUUGAUCUAUUACUGAUCUUAUUUCUUUCUUAAGGAGGCUCGAGGGUAUACAAAUUACAGAAAAAAAAUAAACAUUUGUUUUUCAUUACAAAUUUUAUUUGUUACCUUUUGUAGUUGUUACUUUAUCAUAUGGUACAAAAAUCAUUCAAAACAAUCAAUUCGUGUUGGCCCCAGAUGACUUUUAAAAUGUAUACAUCAUUGAAAAAGUUCCAAAUUAUCUCCCUUUGGUGGAAAAAUACCAUUUUUUGGCUAUAAAAUUGAAAUAUCUUUUUCAACUCAUCGGUGACCUAUAUUUUUUAAUAUAAUUUCCAUGUAAGCUGUACUUAAACUAAAUUAUUGUAAAAUUUGAGCGAUUUCUGUAAUAAAUUUCUUUUUUUAUUUUGAUGUUAACUUUAUUUCUCUUAUUACGUCAACAGAAAAAAACCACUUUUACACAAAUGUAUGCUUCUUUCGAAGGCAGAUUGAUAGCGCAAAUGGACGGUGACCCCACAUUUUUAUUUUAUUUUUCUAUUAACUUUAAUAUAAAGUUCAUUUAUAGAAAAAUAUAGGGAAAUCCUAUAUAAAUGAUUUAGACCCGCGAACCCCCUUAAGAGAGGUUUAUGCCUUGAUGAAAGCAAGCUUGAUAACUUCUACUCACACACACCUAAGACAUUGUGACAUCGCUCUCGUCUCAAAGUCGUGAUAUGAGUAUUACAGAGCGACUGAGCAGGGUGAUAUAGGCAUAGGUAAGGAUGAUAUGACAUAUCGCUAUUUUACAAAAUUUUCCUUUAAUCUUACUGACUGAUAAUUUUCUUUCUCAGCAGUGUUGAGUGAUAUGAAAAUUAUUGCUAGAAACUCAGGGGGCUUGUGGCCAUGCUAAUGAAAUUGACAACGUCCUCAUAGGUAAAA